CCGAGACCAGUAAAAGUACAUCUACCAUUCGGUCAACCUUUUCGACUGAGGAGAUACAAGAUAUAAGCACACAAAAUAAACCGAUGACCACUCAACCAAGUUAUGAGCUGACCAGUGACACUCCACCUACCAUUUCGCAAACUUGGUCGACUAGUGAGAUGCAAGAUACAAGCACUCAAAAGAAACAGAUGACAACUCAGCCACGUUCUGAGAUGACAAGUGGUCACAUUACAAGCACAGAGCUACAUCGUAGUACAAGGGAUAAUCUUGCGUCAACACCCAUUGCCACAACCUUCUCCUCCACUCUCCAGCCAAAUAGUCACAGUUCUUAUUUUGGUGCUGUAGUUGGUGAAGGUGUUGUCAUCAUACUUUUGAGUGUACUCCUCAUGGUCUCGGUAAUAUACAUCAUUCGAAUCCGAAAGAUGAUGAAAGACUCUAACAAGGAUCAGAGGACACAACAUGUAGAUUUGGUGCAAUCAUCAAAUUCGCCUGAAAAAGACACAGGUUUUUAUCAUGAUAUUCAGGAUGUCAUGAUAUCGGAUCCAUCGUCAACAUCUGAUGGCGAUGUUCACUACUCCUCUCAGAUAUACGAACAUAAAGGUACCAAUGUAUUGGAUCCUGACGACACCAGUGCACCACAGUACUCCUAUAUGAUCUAGGGAAGGAAUACACACACACCCUCCACACACAUACAACCCCUUUACACACACACACUCCAAUACGCCCAUACAGUAUACACAUGCGUGUGUGCGGUGUAUGUACCGCCAUACAUACCCCAUUUAUUAUUAUAAAGAGAAACAAGAGUUUAUGUGUAAGUAUUAAGGAAAGCCUAUUAUAUUUACUUCUCUGACCACUUAUUAAAUAAAGCAAAUAUUUUACUCGGGGAGCCUUGACCAAUGGUCGUAUUGAAAUGUAGCUGACAACUCAAAUGGUUAUCAGAUACAAAGCUUUAGAUCCAGUCCAACACUGCCCAUAAUAAAAACAAAUAUGUCGAAAAUAUUUAUUAGAAAGAUUACAAAGUGUUUUUAAUUGAAUCUCGACAAACCAUAUGGGUGCGAGUGUAUAUGUGUGUGGAUGUGUGUGUGGGUUUUUGUAUAUGUUAUUAUUGUAUAUAUUUUUGAUCUCAUUCUUGCUGUAAUGUUCUGUAUAUGGGGCCCCUCUCACAAGCUCUGCUUCUAUGUGGUCCCAAACCUAUCAUGUAUUCUCAUCGAAACAAAUGACGGAAAAAUUGGAUUUUCAGCAUUCUACAGUGCGUCCCAGAAAAAACGAAACCGAGAUUCAGUG